AUGUCAGUUUUCAUCCUUAACUGGCUCCAAACAGUAAUGGCAGGCAUGAAAAUCACAAUGGGCAAUAAACAGCUCAGUGAAUAUUAUCUUGAAGCCACUAAACUUAGUGCAGAUAUCGGUCAAAAUGUAGCUCUUGAAGCAGCAUAUGCAGGCCAUACUCAGCAAAUAAUGCACUUUGCUAAUCGUCUGGUUCUUUCGGCCUUCAUCGACGGAUUAAACCAAGACAUAAAAGCUUUUGUUAUGGCUAAAAGUCCAAAUUCUUUAGCUGAAGCAAAAAGCAUUGCUGACGAAUAUCAAAAUGCACUACAACGCGAAAAAUAUUAUGAAAAAAAAUAUACAAAUAACUUCAAACAAGGUCAAUUUAAGCAAAAGAAAUUCCAACAAAAUAAUAAUAAUAAUAAUACCCAAAAUGUUCAACAAUUGCCCUAUAAUCAACCACAAAAGACUCAAAAUUAUUCGUAUCAACCGGUUUCAUACCAAAAUCAAUACCAAAAUCAAAACCAAAAUCAAAAUCAAGUUCAAAAAAUCCCAAAUAAUCAGCAAAACCAUUCACGCGCGCUGGAACCCGAUUUUUCCAUGCGUUCAAAACGUUCUUUUGUGCCUAUGUCAGGAAUUUCUUACCGUUCCAAUGCGAUUAAUAAUAAUGAAACCGAGGAUGUUGGUGAAGAAGAAUACGAAAAUGAGGUUGAGGAAUUGGAAGAUGAAGAAUUAAAUUUUCAUUUGUCCACUCAAUUGAACAUAAAAACUUAG